AUGAAAGAAUUUGGUUUCCCAAAGGAGCUUAUAAAUCUAACUAAACUGUGUAUGGAGAAUGUAAAGUACCAGAUGAGAAUGAAUGGUAUUGAAUCAGAAGCUUUUAUUGUUGAAACGGGACUAAAACAGAGUGACGUAUUGUUCCUAUUAUUGUUUAAUUUGGCCCUGGAGAAGGCGGUAAGACGAAGUAAGAGGAAUAAGCUAAGGUCAACGUCACAUAAAAGUACUAGGGUUUGCAGACGAUCUAAACAUCAUGUCAGGUGGGAUGAUUUGAUGAUGAAGACAAAACCUCUUGGAGAGUAA